AUGGUUCAGUAUUUCGCUGUUUUCCUGAUUCUCUCUCUUUUUGGCGGCUCUCUCGUAACAACCACCUCACCUCAGCAACAAAACGCCACAGAGUUAAAAGACUUAUGCCAGGUAAGAAAUGCAUAAAGAUAUAAAAAGGAGUACUGCGCUGUAGAUUAGGUACACCAAGAAACUGUUUUACCAUAUAUAGUCUCACGUCGUUAUGAUCAUUUACUAAAUGGUACCCGUUAACAGUGUAUGGCAGUUUAUUUAAUCGUACUCGCUUCAGCAUGAUCUUUUCUCGAAAACCUGAAGCCUGUCCAUUGUUAACUGUUAAUUUUCUCUGAUAUCCAAGUCUAUUAGAGGCGAGAUAACGCUUUAAAUAGGAUUAUGAUGUCCAAGGUCCAUUCCGUGCCUCGAAAACAAGGGAGACGGCCGGCGGGUAGAGACUUUGUUCAUUUUGGUGUGGAAUCAUUGUUUGCGAGGAAGCUACGGGCGUGUAUGAACGGAAUUAUCCUUUCAUUUUCAAAGGAGAAUUAAUGUAAGUAAAAAUGACAUGCAUAAAUUCUUAGAGGCAAGGUCUGGUUUGGAUUUUAGAGGCCAAGUCUGGAAACGGGUGUAAAAAGUGACGUGUCUUGGUCUGAAAUAGAGUCAGGAUUUGGAGAACCGGGCGGCACAUCCCCACCAAGAAUUGCCAGGAGUACAUCCAGCCCCCCACCCAGUUAUUAAGAUCCGUGUCCUCUUCCUCUGUGCUAAUUACAAGUCAUCUUUACUUUCAGCGAUCUAUGCUGGGUUUCCCUGGUAUUCCAGGAUCAAAUGGUAUACCGGGAGUGCCGGGCGUCCCGGGGCCACACGGACCCCAGGGAAGAGAAGGUGUAAAAGGACAAAUUGGUGAUAAAGGAUCACAAGGAAUGCCGGGUCCAAGAGGAGACAGAGGGCGCGAAGGACCCUCUGGGAAGAGUGGACCCCGAGGAAUUAAGGGAAUGAAAGGUGAACAGGGACUUCUGGGAAUGAAAGGAGAGCCAGGCAUUGUGGGAAAUCCAGGAAGAAAAGGAGACAAAGGAGAGAAAGGAGAAAGCGCUAAAGCAAGUCAAGCAAGUGUGGUACCACAAACCAACUGGAAACAAUGUGUGUGGAAAUCAUCCAGCGGUACUGAAAACGGAAAGAUUAAGGUAAUUAGAAUAAGAAUACACUCCAAGGGAAAGUAAUUCGUUUCUAAAUUAACAUAUUUCAAAGAAGAACGUCUCCCUUCUCACUCACUGUUUGCCAACACAUUACAUAAAUAACUAAGUUACAUUUCCCGCUACUUUGGUUCUUUUUGAACGAAAAAAGGAAAACUAUUGUGUGCGAUAAAAUAAUUCUUGGCCAUAUAUGGAUAAGGACAACAAAAAUUUAAUCUAUUACAGAGUUUUUAAACAUUAGGAAGUAAUCUUGACUGGAGUUGUUAGCGUCAAUAAUUACACACGGUUGCUUGCGUCACUACAAUAUAUUUGAUUUGUUUGAUUUUAUUCCAGGACUGUGCGUUUAACAAACUGCAGUCCAAUUCAGCGCUCAAAGUCUCAUUCCAGGGAAACAUGAGGGUCGUGGGUAAUUAUAAGUGUAACCGGUGGUAUUUCAAGUUCAAUGGAGAUGAAUGCAGUGGACCAAUGACGAUUGAGGCUGCUGUUUACAACGAAUGGUCAUCUGGGAACCCUAAUCUGCUGCAUCAUCGGUCAUUUGAGGGGUACUGUGAAAACAUCUCACAAGGGGCGGUCAGAGUGGAAUUAUGGGUAGGAAAGUGUGGUGGCCGAGCCUUGGGGGAUGCUCACACCGGGUUUGAAUCAGUGUCCCGGAUAAUGAUUGAGGAAGUAUCUAGGCCCCAGUCCUAA